CCCCCCAUCCUCCCUAGCUUUUGCUUUCUAUACACUUUCUCUGUGCUCUUCCACUGGAUUUUUCUGCAAGUGCUUUUGUCAACCUUUGCUCUGCUACUUAAAGAUGAGGGGGACAUUCGCGUACGGAGGUCUUCUGUUAGUUAUGUUGCUACUGACUUCAGCGGAUGCCAAAGGAAAUCUCCAUGGAAGUUCAUACAGAUACAACCUACACAAGUCUGGGAGCAUCCCGCAGUACACCCCUGGAAAACCAACGGGCCAUCAUAAGAACUUCUGUGCCUAUGUUGUGCAGAAGAACGUCACCUGUGUAAUGCAAGAUGGAGUGGCCACAUAUGUCAAACCGGAGUACACUACCAAGUGCAUAUGGGGACAGAAAUGUCCUGUGCUCAUGUAUCGGACACUCUUUAAACCACAGUAUAAAAUUGGUUACAAAACCAUCACUGAACUGGAGUGGCGUUGCUGCCCAGGUUACUCUGGAGAGAACUGUGGUGAUGGGAUGACCUCCAAUCCGGAUGCACUGAUGCCACCCUUCAAAGGCUCUUUCCCUCGGCCCGGGGUGAAAGGUUACCCCAGGGGUCAUCCCAAUAUCCCUGUAUCAAGGCUGGAGCCUGGUAAACCAUUCCCCUUUCCUGGAGGUCACCCUGACAACAAACCCAUCCCUAGUGGAUACCUGCCACCAGAAACUCCUAAAAUAAGUUAUGGUCCAAAAGCGGGAGUCUCGGGUGAACGUUUAGACCGCAUUGAAGAAAACCUUCGAAAACUCUCUCAAGAUCUGGUAACCUUGAAUGGCUUGGUGACUGGCAUGGAGGAACGUCUGCAAGUCUCUCUUCGUGAGGACACUAAGAAGAUGCUGACCACCUUGCUCGGUGGUGCCCCGCGGCUGCUGGAUACCUCUGUGGGCUUCGGGCUGAUCCCAGAGGGCACGCCGAAUGGCUUAGACGGCGAAGAGAACCUCCCUGGUUUUGGAGAGUUGGUGGGAAGGGUGAUGGAGGUCAAAGAUGAGCUGAGGGCCAAGAGCGACAUGCUGGACGAGAUCCGUGGGAUGGUGAUAGGACACGAUGGCCAGCUGAGGAAGCUGACAGACACUGCCACAGGGAGGCCCAUCCCUGGAGGUCAGCGGCAUCUAGAGGAACUUCUGGACUCCAGAUUGACCAGCAUAAGGGCGGAGGUCCUUGAUGGCUUUGAGAGGAGACUGACGGGUCUGGAGGGCCACUGUGAUGAGAGAAUCGGUCAGGUUCAGCAGCAGUGUCAGAAAGACCACCUAACAGGUCAAGAACAGAUCCAACUCUCACUGGACGGCCAUGAGACGGGCUUGAGGAAAGAGCUGGGUGAACUACAGGCACAGAUCCAGGGUCUGACUGUAACCGAGAGCUGCUGCGGAGAGAUAAACAGCCUGACCCAGAGGAUGUUCCAGCUGGAGGACUCAAUUACAGGCCUUACAGAGUCACAGAGGCAGCUACAAGUGGACCUGACUGACCAGACGCUCCACAUCGAGACCCUGCUGGAGACCCGGCUGGUGGACAUGGAGGGCAGAAUUAAUGCCUCUGAACAUAGACACCAAGAUGGGCUAGGGCCUGAGUUCAGCUCCCUGGAUGGGUUUCAGACUUUGUUAGAUGAGAAGCUAAAGACAUUAGAGCGACGUUUGUUUGUAGCAGUUGAGGAGCUGAGCAAUGCCACAGCACCGGCACUGCUAGAGGGGCAAGUGGUGCCAGCACUGGAGACGGAGAUCGACAGUAUACGGAGGAGGGUUGAGGCUGACUUAGAUGGGAUGCAAAAGCAGAUGUCUGUCCUUGAGCUCCUCUGCACCUCUGCCUGCUCCCCUGCCUCUGGCCCAGAGACGGCCCUCAUCCAGACUGAGGUAGAGGACUGUAAGGAAACAGAAAAGAAGAUGCUGGACCACCUGGCCAUGCAUUCAAGCAAACUCGACCAUCUCAACAGCACCUUACAGGGUGUCCUUACACAUCUAUCCCAGCAGGACACAGAGGGCGCCAUCCAGGGGGAAAUCACACUCCUGAAGAUCAACGUCAACUCUGUCAACCGUACCUUGAAAGGGCUACAUGAUUCGGUCAGCCUGUUUGCUCGAGAAGUCGGCCAGGUGAAUUCCACCUGGCAGGAGCGGGAAAGCCGGCUGGUCACGCAGGUGCAGGGCAUCUCAGAUCUGGUGGAGCGACAGGCAUCUAUGCUUGGAGCUGGGGAGCGGAGGCUGAUCCAGUUGAAGGCAGAACUCCAGAACUUGCGACGGAGGCUAACCGGGGAGCUGCAGGGUUGUCGCACCACAACACAGGGAAUGCAACAGGAAGUGACUGGGGUGGAAAGUCGAAUCACCCAGGUUGAAGGACAGUGUGGCAGCCUAGGUGAGCUAGCCGAUGACCUUGAGAGAAUCCGCAGUGAGCUGGAAAGACAUUCGGACAGCUUCCUGGUGCAGGUCAACGGGACGCUAGCAAGCCAUUCUGAGCAGCUGGUCCAACUGAAGGACAGUCUUAAAGACUGCGUGAGCAAAACGGACCCCGCAAGACUGCAGGGUGACGGUCACUAGACCUUACUAUACAGAGAAACCACAAGGCCUGAGGAUGUACAAAUUUGCAAUAUUUUUGUUCCCUCAACAGAGCAUUUUGUCUCCUAAAUUCUUUCUCUUUGUUUUAAGCCUUUAUAUCAUUUUAACUGAGUUUUGUUAACUUAUAUGAAGAAAGUUUGAGUGCAUUAUUAAACAUAUUUGACAAUUUGUUAAAUGAAGUAACAAACAUGCAAAAUACAGGCAAGCGAAUGUUAUGACACUACUAAGCUGCUACGGGUUUCUAAUGGCAAGUACUGUCACUACCUUCUCAUCUCAGCAUCCAAGUCAUCUCCUGAUUUUAUUACUGUUUUAAUUACUGUAUUAUAACAGGAACAAAGCUACACAUUUUUAUAAAAGUUUGAUGUGUGUGAAAUAGGUUGUUUAAAAUAUAUAUUUUGCAUUAUUAAAAUUUUUCUGAGAGAUUAUAAUUUUUCAUUAAUAAAAGUGGGUUGUGUGAAAGUGUCAACUAUUUCCUUUACAUUCUGUUAGGAUUUUGCAUCAUUUGUGAAAGUUCCAGUUAUGACCACUCAGUAUCGUGAAGAACUCAAACAAACCAAUGAAAGUGAGAAUGCAAGACCUGUAGUGGGUGUGCCAGAUCGACACACAACAUGUGCAGGUUUGAAAACCACUGUGCUAGACCAGUGG